AUGACACAACAGUCUCAAAUAGCUGUUGUCUGUGAAUACUGUGAGGAAAAUGUAGAUUUUUCGUGUACUUGUGGCAAAAACAUUUGUGAAAAAUGUCUAGGAAAGCAUAUCAAAGAGAAUCCCAAACAUUCAGCUGUUCCAUACCAAGAGCGAUCAGCCGCGACAUCCUUAAUGAUCGCCGCGACAUCCUUAAUGUGCGAGAAACACAAUGCAAGAUUGUGCGAAUUCUUCUGCAAAGAGUGUUUUGAAUCCAUUUGCGUGAUAUGCUCACGCACAGCACAUAAUGAUCAUGGUCUGAUAUCUAUGGAGGAUCAACUGGCUUCUCAAAGGAAUGCAAUGACAGAAGAGCUUCAAAAAAUUGAGAAACAGUUUAAAGCUAUGUACCUAAAACUGUUGACUGAGAUUGAAGAACAACUUUCGGAUGUUCCCGCAAAAUACAUAGAUAUACGAGCGAGCAUUGAUCAUGCAGGGAUUGCUUUGCAGAAGGAAAUUGAAGGGACGGUAUGCAAAUUAAAAAUGCAGGUAGAAGCUAUGGAAAUGGAACACCUUGAUUCCCUCAGAGAAAACAAAUCAAAGAUACAGAAAUUUCUAGAAGACAUUGAGGGUGCUGAAUCUUUGAUACAUGAGCAGAUGGCAGAUGCCAAACAGUUAACCGUCUUCCAGACAACGUCAUAUCCUUUCGAUCAUUGUCCCAAGUUGACAGAAAUAACAUUUCCCAGUUUCCGAGGGAGCAACACAUAUUUUAAUUGCCUUGAGUUCUUAGGAGAGGUGGUUCCAAUGGAAAAGAAAACAAAGUCUAUUAAUGAAGAAGAACCUGAAACUCAAAAUGGAGUGGACAUGGAGAAAGCAAUCGAAGUGCUGAAAAAUGCCAGGAAUGAGAAAAGAAUAGAAACUGUUUACUCAUAUAUUUCCGAUUUGUCAUGCACAAAUGAUAAUCACAUCCUCGUGUGCGGGACGUACAAACUGAAAAAAAGCUAUAAAAUUCGCAUGCUAGAUUUCGAUGGAAAAGAAGUUAAAGCAAUACCAGUUAAUUAUCAAGCGAAUUUUAUCACAGAAGGAUCCGAUGGAACUGUAUAUUAUACUACAUAUGACAAUCAAGGUGUAAAGAAGAUACAAAAUGGAACCAACGAGACAUUUGUAAAGGACGACGAUUGGACACCGAAUGGUGUAGCUUGCAGGAGUUCUGGUGAUCUCAUAGUAGCCGAACAAAACAAACCACUAGCAACGGCGCGUUUACGCAUUUACUCGUCAAAUGGAACAGUUAAGCAAACAAUUGGUUCCUGCACCAAUAGCCCAGGAGAGAUUCUGAAAAAUCCUACGUUUGUUUGCGAAAACGUAAACGGUGAUGUCUGUACAUCUGACGAGGGGAACCAGAGGGUGGCAGUGUUUCUGCCUGCAGGAGGUCUAAGAUUUCUGUAUGGAGGGAAAACUGAUACGACAAACCUACAGUCUUUUAAUCCUCGUGGUCUAGCUACAGACUGCCUUGGUAACAUUCUAAUUGCUGAUUAUUUCAACCACACCGUUCAUAUGAUAGACCGUGAAGGACGAUUCUUACAGUACAUCUCGACAAACAAAAUUAUCUUUCCGUAUGCAUUAUCGAUUGAUAACGGAAAUCGACUCUUGGUAGGACGAUACACAGACGCUAGAAUAGAAGUUGUGGGGUAUUUAAAAUCCACCUAA